AUGUCUCUCCGUCGUUUCGCGCAUGCAAAUACCGCCACGAAUGGAUUUGGGUCGCCCAACAAGUCGGCGUCCUCGUCUGCGCAGACGUCGCCCAACGUGGCGUCGCCGCCCAGGACGCCGGUGAAUCGUGGACGUACCUCUUUAGUGUACUCUCCCUCCGCCACACCGUCGCGCUACUCUGCCGUGCCGUUCGACUGGGAUGCGGCCAGAACUAGAAAACCUCCGCCAUAUGCGUCUCCGCUCUCGGCCAAGAAGCCUAAGCCUCGUAAGAGCGAAGGUGGCGCCCCAGUUAGACGAGUCGUACGCAAGAAGAGCCUCGUCGAGAGGAUUACAUCCAUACCCUCCACUAUCGCCUUCCAACUCUCAUUAUUUCCGCAUAAUGUUCCUCUACCGAAACCGGAGACCUCUGCCAUCUUGUCGGGUGGCCUCUUGCAUUUCCUCCACUUAUGCGUCCGCAUAAGUCGUAUCCAGAAGGUUCCCGAUUCUGACCUAGGAUGGGAAGACAUGUAUCGAGAAGGGGAAGAUGAACCAUGGUUCGACUGGACCAUCCCCACAUCACUCUUGCUCAUUGCUGCUGCCAUGGGUAACGCGAUGUAUCUAUUCACCCGCGUGCGCAUAUACCGGUUAUACAACCAGCCAGACCCCGUAUCUUCACCCCACGCCAAAUUCGUCCCCAUGGACCUCGACUUCUCGCCCCUAGAGCCUCCCUCUGCGAUCUCGCGUAUCCGCUCUGCAAGUUGGAAGGCGUUUGUGGCGUUCUGGCGCUUCCUCCUGAACAUGAGCCCGCGCGGCUCCAGCACAAGCAAGGAGCCAGAUAAGGUCCAACAACUCGAAGUAUGGGCGCCUGGCGAAUUUGAGCUCAGGCUGUUCUGCAUAUACAGCCCCGUCGCACCUUUCUUGUGGAUGGCCACGAAUACCUCCAAUUGGAUGUUGAUGAUAUUCAUCAUGGCAGCUGUCGGCGUGCAGCUGCACACCCAGAUGUCUUUUUAUGAUGCUUUACUAAAAGAUCGACAGAUCAUCUCGGAGGAGGUGAUGCAUGAAUACAACGAUAAGUUUGUGUACCCGCGCGUCCAUCCUCUCAAGAGGGAGAUUGGUGUCAUGACACACGAGUCCGAGAUGAUUCCCAACCGUUUCGACCGGUGA